CUUGUCACCGUGCAAUGGCGGUAGCAGAAGAUCUACCCGAAGAUAUUAUAGUUAACAUCCUUACUUGGUUGCCUGUGAAGUCCUUAAUCCGAUUCACCUCCGUUUCGAAACGCCUGCAUUCCAUUAUAUUGUCCGAUCCCAAAUUCGCCCAAUCCCAAUUGAAAGCAGCUCGUCAGCAGAAAACCCUCAGCCGCAGACUCCUCGUCUCCACCGACGCCCCUCAACUCGAAUCCAUACCCUUGGAUCAUACGCCGUCGUUUGGAGAGCCUUCGUCCGUUAGAAAGCUCAGUUUCCCUUUCCAGCCACAGUGGUCUGGUAUGUCAAGUUAUGUCAAGUUACUAGGCUCCUGCAAUGGUCUGGUAUUUGUAGCUGUUGAUGAGACAUUGUUUUAUAUCUGGAACCCAUCCAUUGGAUUCUCCCAGCAAUUACCUGACCCAGGUUUUUCCUUUAAUGAAAAUGUGCUGGCCUAUUAUGGUGUUGGCUAUUUGUCUGCUACUGAUGACUACAAAGUUUUAGUAGCCUCCUAUCGCAUUCGUGACGGGGAGUCACAGGUCCAGGUGUUCUCAUUGAGAACUCAUCUUUGGGAGAGGAUUGAACCUCCUGGAGGCUCCGAAAUUGAACUCGAUCUUCAGGGGAUUCUUUCGAAUGAGGCACUUCAUUGGACAAACUACUCCAUCGUCGAGGAUGAAAUUGUUUCUUUUGACUUGGCAGUGCAGGAGUUCCGGAGAAUGCGACUGCCUAAUUUCGACCAUGAUGGUAGGAGUUUCAGCUAUCUUGGGGUCUGUGGAGGCUGCCUGUGCGCGUCGCGUUAUCUGGAGGGUGCUUGUGACUCUAUUGAUUUCUGGGUCAUGAAAGAAUAUGACGUGAGUGACUCGUGGACUAUGCUCUUUAGCUUAAAGCUCUCCGAUCCACCUGAGUUAAACUCGUGUUCCACAGAAUUCUUGGUUGUGGAAAGUAGUACAGUUGCCGCGAAUUGGACUGCCAAGGGGUUCGAGUUGAUAAGGAUUGACCAUAAAGAAGAUGAGAAGCUUGGGAAGUAUAUGCUUAAGGGGAGUCAGAUUUGUAUGAUUGAGUAUGAAGAGAGUCUACUUUGGAUUAGUAGUUAUUAUCCAGAACAAGAGAAAGAGCAGGUCAAGAUACUCGAAACCCAUCAGAAGGCCUCACAAAGCUGAAAUGAAAGGACUGUUUGCUCUUUGUAUUUUAAUGAUGGAUGGGGAUUUCAAAUGCAAGAUUGCAAGAGCAAGCUUAAUGUGUCCUCAGUGGUGAUGAAGAUCCUCAUAAUUUCACCACUUCAAGCUACCUCUAUGUAUUUAUGUACUGUAACUCUGUUAGGUUUACUUCAUAUGUUUUGUUUUCUUGCAGCAUUAGCAUAAUUAGUAGGAUGCAGGGAGACUCAUAAAGAGAACUGCAAAAUGCAAUCUAUUUGGAAUCAAUCUGAGAUAGUGACCGGCUAACUUGAACCGGUCAUUCUUUGCCCAGUGGUAGAA